UGCCCUUCUGAGCCCCCCAUGCCCAUGGCAGGGCUGAAGCAGGAGCUGUUCCACCGGCACAAGGAGGCCCAGCAGUGCUGUAGGCCCCACAACCUGCCACUGCUUCGUGCAGCCCAGCAGCGUGAGAUGGAGGCUAUGGAGCAACAGAUCCGAGAGGAACAGCGAAUGAUGGAUGAGAAGAUAGUCUUGGAAUUGGACCAAAAAGUAAUCGACCAGCAGAACACCCUGGAGAAGGCUGGGGUGUCUGGCUUCUACAUCACUACCAACCCCCAGGAGCUGACUCUACAGAUGAAUUUGCUGGAGCUGAUUCGGAAGCUGCAGCAGAAGGAAGCUGAGGCUGAGAAGACUUUAUCCUGAAACAGCAAAUCUGCUGUUCAGUUCCCAGAGUUUUUCCUCUGACUUUCCUCUAAACAACAGACCAUCCAUGCAUUUGCUUUGUGUUGUCAGGAAGAGGCUGCAGGGGUAGAAGAAAAUGCUGAGGCACUUAGAUUAGAGCUGGGGCAGACAGAGCCCAGCACAGGGGAUGGUUGGGAGCCUGGGGAUAGCUCUCAUCCUCAGAGCAGUGUCAGCUGCAUCUGGCUCAGCUGGGAGCUGAUGAAGCAGGGUCACCUGCCAGGACUGUCCUGCAGUGAUGCUGAGGCCAUGACUGAGCCAAGGCUGAGUUGAGCACUGAGGCAGCCCAUGGAGCCCUGCUGUGUAAGGGUGACCCUGUGUUUAGAUGAUUUGUAACGGGGGGAAAAACAAUCCCAAGAAUGCUUCUGUGUGUUGUUGAGGCAGAAACAACCUCUUAAACAGGCAGACCCUUCCCAGAGUCCCUUCCUCCUCCAGGCUGGUACCAGCAUUAUCUGUAUUAGUUUAUCUGUGUGCUGGCUGGCAUUAUCUGUAUUAAAGGAGAAUUUCAUGCCUCAGCCCAGAGUUCCUGGACUGGUGUUUGCAGUGUUCCUACUGACUCAGAAAGCAGAGCUUUUGCUUUGUUUUUUUUAAACCAGUUUCCAAAUGAAGAGAAAUAAAACACUUCUGGGGCUGCA